UUCAAGUCAUGCCUCCCUCUCGGUCUCGGCCCCUUCCUCCCGCACCGUUUCAGAACUCAGCAAAUUGGGGCUGACUGAUUCUGAGCUAAAAAUCUGAGCUUUGGACGAGGAGACCUCUCAGCGCAAAGUCUUGUCGACCCAAGAGGCGACAUUGAGAGAGGCAGACCCAAGGAUAGAGAGACAGAUGAGUCCACAGAUCCAGUCACGUCGAUGCCUUUUUCUGUUGUUCGUGGUCGCCGCUGCAUUGCUACCAGUUGCUCUAUCGAGAGAUCAACUGAGCACAAGAGAAUGCGAGGCUUUAGGGUUUACUGGUCUCGCCCUCUGCUCCGACUGCAACACCUUCGCUGAGGUAUUGAUUAGGGAGCUUUUAUGUGCAGAGCUGGUAUCCGACUGUUUGAAGUGUUGCACAGAGGAUUCUGAUGAUGAGACAAGCAAGAUUACCUAUUCAGGGGCAGUAUUGGAAGUUUGCAUGAGGAAAUUAGUAUUUUAUCCUGAAAUCGUCGGAUUUAUUGAAGAAGAGAAGGACCAGUUUCCUUCUGUCAAGGUGCAGUAUGUUUUCAAUUCACCACCGAAAUUGACCAUGCUCGAUGAGGAUGGUCAACAAAAAGACACUAUCAGAAUCGACAAUUGGAAACGUGAGCAUAUACUGCAAUUUCUACGAGAGAAGCUCAAGUCUGCUUCAUCAAAGUAAGUGGAGUUGGUGUCUCUGGGCCCCGAAUUCUAGCUAAUCAUGUUUCUUUCCAUGUUGACACUUUGGAAAGGAUCUACCCACAGAGAUAACAUUAGUGUCCGGACAGGGAAUUGGUUUCUUUUUCAAGCUUCAGUUACGAAUGACGAUGUCCUAUGCAUUUGAAGCAUGUCGGUGUAUGCAAAAUGACGGUUCUCCCAUAAUGGGGCUAGGUACGGCUCUGGGAGGUUAACCAUCAUAGUUAACGCAAAUGGCUUUUGGAUAAUUCACUUGUUACCAAUGAGAGCCAACUGUUUGUUUUGAAUUUGAGCUUCAAUAACGAUAAGAUUUAAUUUUCCCUCAA